UCAGGCAGCAUCAACAGGGUAUGGGGCCAGGAGAGAUGCUGAAGCCGGAAGUGGAGGCCCUUGUCUUGUGGGCAGGAAGUGUGAGGUACUGAGCUGCUCUGAGAGCUAGGGCGCCUUUGGGAGCAGGAGGGGUAUGUGUCACAGUGGUGAGGGGAACGGAAGUCGGAAGCGUCAGUGGCCACAUUCACGGGCGGCAGGCAACUGUGCAGCAGAAAGUGUUCCUGGGGCAGGGGAGUCCAGGAGAGCCCCUUCUAGUCCCUGAAGGCUAGUUGUGAAUCUCCAGUUCUCACCUUGGCUUGGACACCCACUAAUCCAUGAAAUGGGAUUGUGAAAAUGGACGCUACCUAGGGCUUCUGCUCAGCCUUCACUCUGUAGGUGAUGGGUGACAAUAGACCCUCGCACCACCUCAGGCCCAUGGAAUUUCUCAACAUUCACCUGGAAGACAACCUACAGCCCUGCCCUGGCACAUGUCCAAAUGAAAUGUGUGGCCACCCAGACCCUUCUGAACCUUGCCAGGAACAAUCCUGGCCCCUUGACCCCCCAGAAUCCACCAGGAGUGAUGCUCAUCAUGGUAGUUCUGGUGUGGAAACCACUCGCCUGGGAAGCUGCUCUUUCCAGGGGGAGGCCAGGCAGACUCCAGCAUCUCUGCGCUCAGUGGGGGACAACUGUUCUUUGGGGAGUCCACAGCAGCAGAACCCGAGCUCAUCCACACAGGUGGUGUUCUGGGCUGGCAUCCUGCAGGCCCAGAUGUGUGUCCUGGACCUGGAGGAAGAGCUGGAGAAAACUGAGGGACUCAAGGCAGAACUGAGGUGCUGCAUCCCCCCACCCACUAAAGAUUUCCUUAGUGAUGUGGGCCUGAGCCCCAGCCUGCCCAAGGAGGUUGAAGACCCUGGAGAUGACAGCAGUGAGCCUGACGAGGAAAACCAGACCUGGCCGGGGGAGCAAAUACCAGGCUCCUCCCCCGAGUGGGGUGCUGAGGAAGACAGCAUCUUCUUUGACAAUCCCCUCUUCCUGGAGAGCCCUAGCUCUGACACCAGUACUGAAGGAGAAUGUUUUUCCUGGGGGUACCCAGAUUCUCACCAAGAUAUGAAGCCUCAUAGCCCUCAAGCCCUGCAUUCUUCACUCCAAGAAGGCACAAGGCUCUCGGGGGCAGGAAGUGAGCUGGAUCAUAGUGGGCAUGUGACCUCCCCAUUCCCGGUGCCUUCCUAUAAGCUGCACCCCUGUUUGGCCUUAGAGUCCGCUGAAGGGGCUCCUACUGUACUACUUGAGCAGGAGGGUGAGGGCUCUCAGACACCCCAGAGCCUCCCAGAUCUGGCUCCACCCAUACUUGAGGACUUGCAGAUAGAAGAUCCUUCCUGGUCCCAGGAGCCUCUUAUCUCCCAGAAUAGAGGUGAGAAGGAUGCUGGCUGCUUCCAGGAGCCCAUGCCCUGUUCAGUGGCCCCCUGGAGGUGCCAAGCCUCUUCACUAGAGCCCAGCAGGCCCAGCCCUGUGUCUUCCCAGGAGAGCAGCCCACAAACAGAGGUCCACAGUCCCAAGUGGCCACAAGAUGCUUCACACCCUUUGCUCUUGGAGAAAGAUGAAUCAGGGUUAAGUUCCCUGAAGAUAGAGGAGACAAAGGAGGCCCCAAACCUAAUGCAGAAGGCAGAAUGUGAAGAUCCAGCCAGGACUGAGGAAGCUUCAGCUGCCAGAUACCAUGUUCGCUUGACUUCUGCCAAAGGGCUUCCUGAGAGCCCCUUGCCCCACGCUCAAUUUCCAGAGGAAGGCUGGAGGCCAUCAUCUAGAGACAAGUUGGCUAAUAACAACAGAAAUGACCAGGGGGCCUGGGACCUAGCUUUGCGCCUCUAUCACCUGGAUGGUUUCCGGAAGUCUGAAGUGGCCUCCCACCUACGCAAGAACAAUGACUUCAGCAAGGCUGUGGCUGAGGCAUACUUGUCCUUCUUCCAGUUCGAAGGCCAGAGCCUGGACCGAGCCCUCCGGGGGUUUCUCCAGGCCCUGAUGCUCAGUGGAGAGACUCAGGAACGGGAACGAAUUCUCUACCAGUUUUCCAAACGCUUCCAUUACUGCAAUCCUGGGGCCUUCCCCUCAGUAGAUUCUGUACACACCUUGACCUGUGCCAUCAUGCUCCUUAACACAGACCUGCAUGGACAGAACAUUGGAAAGAGCAUGAGCUGCCAGGAAUUCAUAACCAACCUGAAUGGGCUGCAGGAUGGCAGGAACUUCCCCAAGGAGCUGCUGAAGGCCCUCUACUGGUCCAUCCGAAGUGAGAAGCUCGAGUGGGCUGUAGAUGAAGAGGAUGCAGCCAGGCCUGAGAAGGACCAGCCCUCUCCCUCAGCUGGCAAGAUAAGCAACCCCUUCCUCCAGAUGGCUCAGGAUCCCACAGUGCCCACCUAUAAGCAGGGCAUUCUGGCUCGGAAAAUGCAUCACGAUGCUGAUGGCAAGAAGACGCCAUGGGGCAAGCGAGGCUGGAAGAUGUUUCACACCUUACUGAGAGGGAUGGUUCUCUACUUUCUGAAGGGAGAGGGCCCCUGGCUGGAAGAGCAGAGUUUGGUGGGACAUCUCGUGGAUGAGCCCGUGGGAGUGCACCACUCGCUAGCCAGCCCAGCCACCCACUAUACCAAGAAGCCACAUGUCUUCCAGCUUCGGACUGCCGAUUGGCGUCUCUACCUCUUCCAGGCACCCACUGCCAAGGAGAUGGCUUCCUGGAUUGCACGCAUCAACCUGGCUGCCGCCACACACUCAGCACCCCCCUUUCCAGCCGCAGUGGGCUCCCAGCGUAGAUUCGUGAGGCCCAUCCUGCCCAUGAGCCCGGCCCAGAGCUCCCUGGAAGAGCAGCAUCGAUCUCAUGAGAACUGCCUGGAUGCUGCUUCGGAUGACCUGUUGGAUUUGCAGAGGAACCUGCCAGAACGACGGGGCCGCAGCCGCGAUCUGGAGGAGUACCGCUUGCGGAAGGAGUAUCUGGAGCACGAGAAAACUCGAUAUGAGACAUAUGUGCAGCUGCUGGUGUCCCGUCUACACUCUCCUCUGGGGGACCUGGCUCUGUGGGAAGAUCAGCUUGGGAGGGAAGCGGAAGGCACCCCGGAGCUGAAGCCCAGCCUGAAGAAGUCCCACUCAAGCCCAUCCCUGCACCAGGACGAGGCCCCCACCACAGCCAAGGUGAAACGCAACAUCUCAGAGCGCAGAACCUACCGGAAGAUCAUUCCCAAGAGAAACCGAAAUCAAUUGUGAAGCCACCACCAUCUCACAGACACUAACCUCUGCUCUGGGGUAGAUUGAGAUGAAACUGUACAUUUCAGGACCAUGGUGAGGGACGAGGCAUCGUCCCUCUGUGAUGAAGGAUGGGGUUCAGUACCCCGUGUCCUCCAUUGUCUAUCUCUCUAGAACUUUCUUAAUCAUGCCAUACUUGCUCACUAUCCCCCAUGGCAGCUCCUCCAUCACCCCAUCCCUGACCAUUCUACAAGGUCGAAUGAGGACUUGACUCUACUUAUAGAGUUUGUCCCUUGUGUGCUCCAUCCCCUAAAACAGAGCAGUUUCUUUUCCUGGGCACAUGCGGGCCUGGGUUUCCGGGAGAUAUCUUGAAGUGGUCUAGCCAUGACAGCCAUAUCACUGGAAACAGUCUUGUUUUGGGAUUAGAUGACCUAGCAGGGGAGGGUCCCAGGAGAAUAGAGCAGAGAAUAGAGCGAGACAUCUUGUGACCUAAGAAGCAGAGUUAUUCCGGCACUGCCCACUAGAGGGCAGCCUUCGAGUAGGGACCAUGGCCGGUUAAAGGCUUAGUGAGGCUGUGGGGCUUCAGGCUUCUGAUCUUCUAGCUGCUUUAUCCUCCAAUCAAUCAGUCAUUGCCUCCAGCACAGAUGAGAAGGCUGCAUGCCCAAUUGUUAAUCAACAGAGCAGAGCUUGUAGCCUGUGCCAGGCCACUCAGUAGGAGUGGAGGCCUCCAGAGCUCUGUGGAGAACUCUUGGAACAAGGAGUCUUUUGUUUCCUGAGUGCAAUGAGGGUGGCUCUUCAAGUGUAGACCACUGUGGAGGGUGAGGGGUGAAAGGGUGGUGACAGUCCCCCCUUGGGAGUCUGCCUGGUGGUGGAGGUGGAGAUUGGAGACCUGGGUUCUCAACCAGAUUUGGGGCACUGCCUUCUGCAGCCCCCCCCCCCCCCGCCCUUUAAUGCCCCUCAAGGCCACUUUCCCAAGGCUGUCAGGACCUCUUUCUCAUUCCCAAGGCAGCUCCCAGGAAUUUUCUGCCUUGCCUUGGGAAAUCCCUUGUACUUGUUUUUGGCUUCUUCCCAGGUAUCCCUGUUCUCCAUAGGAGGUUCUGGAGACUCAGGGCCCUGCCUUUGGGGAGGAAACUGGGCUCAGGGAGCCGCCACCAUUGUCUCUGUUCGGUCAUGUGUGCAAAGAGGUUUCUGGCCAACCUGGGGCCUCUGCUGCCCACCCUUCAACUGACACGUGGUCACCUCUUUUGCCUUCCUGCUGGCACACAUCCUCCCUUCCAAUAGAGCUUGUGACAACUCUAAGGGCUUGGAGCUCCACAAAGUGGGGUGGUCCUUAGGGCCAUGGCAGGGGAGUCUCUGGCCCAUGCACCCAAUGGGUGUGCAAUAAAUAGAGCCUACCAAAGA